UCCUUUCUUUCAAAUGGCAUGAAUCCUAUAGCAUAAGUUCUUUUCCUCUUCAUGAGUUCCUAUUUUCCGGAAAGCUAGAAGCCUAAGUCCAUAAAUGUCUAUAUAAGAUAAGAGAUAUGAUAUGAUGCCAUAUUGAUAAUGAUGCUAUUUAUUGCUUACACUCACCUUAUGUACUAAUUCCUUCAAGGUGAGGCAGAAUGUCAAUAAUUGCUCCAUAAUGAAAUCGGGGGAUCACGACCUUACGUCACCCCGAUAGAGUAUAGUUGAUCUUGAGUCUUAUGCAUGUACUAUGAUAAGCAUAUUAUUACAAGUAUUUUUUAUGAGCAUGUCAUGAUCAUAUUACACCGCGCCUAGUUGGCCGGGCAGUCACCGCCAAGGCGGGCAGCUAUACGGAUACACCAUGACCUUUUGGCAUGGGCAGACACCACUAGUGGGCGGCAUGAGAUGGUACCCCGGACGCGGGAGGCCUGGACGCGGGCUAAUGUUAUUGAUUAUUACACCGUUCCGAUAUGGACGGGCAGCUUGCAUAUUAUGCAUAUAUGAGAUUAUGAUGAGUAUGAGUAAGACAGCAUGCAUUACUUCUUUUAUGAUUGUCAUUCAGAUUCAGAUGUUUCAUAUUGAUGUUCACAUUAUAUUAUCACUGUCUUUCUUCAUUGUUUAUGCCUCUCAUACUCAGUACAAUGUUCGUACUGACGUCCGUUUUCUUUGGACGCUGUGUUCAUGCCCACAGGUAGACAGGAAGGUGAGCUUGGUCCAGACCCUUAGUAGCUGUCAACUGAUCGAGAGCACUCCAUUGUCCGGAGCAAUGCCUUUGAGAAAGAAGAAGAAAGUCAGCACAAUACUAGGUGCUGCGGGAGAAGGCACCAGCCGAGAGCCCCCGGUUGAACUAGGACAUAGUGAGUCUCAGAGUGCCACUCCCUCGCAUGCUACCUCUAUUCCACCAGUAGCAGAAGAGCAUGAAGAGGUCUCCACUCUAGCUCCAGUGCAUCCAGUCCCUCCACCGGUUGCUUCGGGUCAACAAGUGACCGAGGCCAUCCAUUUACUGACACAGUUGGUUGCCGCCCAGGCACAACGGCAGAAUGCGAGUUCACGUGAUCAGUCAGCUAGUACUAGAGCUCGUGAUUUUAUAAGUCUGAAGCCUCCGGAAUUUUUCGGGUCAAAGCCGGAUGAAGACCCGCAAGGUUUUAUUGAUGAGAUGUUGAGGACAUUGAAAAUUAUUCAUGCCUCCGAGACUGAGUCCGUGGAGUUGGCAUCUUAUAGACUCCGGGACGUGGCAGUGUUAUGGUAUAACAACUGGGUGCUGUCAAGAGGAGAGAAUGCGCCUCCGCCUGUAUGGCAGGAAUUUGUGGAUGCUUUUAUUCGUCACUACUUGCCGCCCGAGGUCCGCCGAGCUAGAGCGGACAGGUUCUUGAAUCUAAAGCAAGGAACCAUGAGUGCUCGAGAGUAUAGCCUGCAAUUUAAUUCCUUAGCCCGGUAUGCCCCGACUAUGGUGGCCGACAUGGGGGAUCGUGUGCAUAGAUUUGUGAGUGGUUUGGAGCCACACUUAUUCAAAGACUGUCUGACAGCCUCGUUGCAAGCAGGGAUGGAUAUUGCCCGAAUACAAGCUCAUGCUCAGACUCUAGAAGGACAGCAACCUCCGCAAAGGAGUGACUGGGAUGUUGAUCGAAGGCAAAACAAGAGGGCUAGAUCGAUGGGAGCAAGCAGUGAAUAUAAAGGGGGAUCAAGGCAAAACUAUUCUAGUCACUCAGGUCAAUCGGUGACUAGUGUACCUCCACGAGUUGCAAGUCAAGGGUACGAUUUCUCUAGUCAUCCCGGACCGGAUCAGAGUUUUACAGAGUCAGGCUCUCGGUAUAGGGGAGAUUAUAGCCAGAGAAGACCCCCAGCACCGCGGUGCAGUCAGUGCGGUAGACUACAUUCCGGACGGUGUCUCCAGGGAUCAGAUGCUUGUUACGCCUGUGGCCAGGUUGGGCACAUUAUGAGAGAUUGCCCGUCGAUGAGUGGUAGAGUUGGGACUCAGCCCACAGGUUCAGUAGUUGGUUCUUCAUUAGCACGCCCGACAGCACAGACUCCCCAGAUAACAGCAGGCCGAGGUAGAGGCAGAGGGGGAGCAUCUACUUCAGGUGCCACUCAGCCCCGUAUAUAUGCUCUAACAGAGCGACAGGAUCCAGAGUCAUAGCCUGAUGCCAUCACAGAUACAUCUGCACCUUUGAUAAUGUGUGAAAGGAGAAAUGAAUAUUUGUAAUAUUAAGCAAGUAUGAAUUGAGAGGUUUUAUUCUAUGUAGCGACGGUAAUCGAUAAAGUACGAUUUGUGAUAUUAACAAUGUUUAUAUAUAUAUAUAUAUAUAUAUAUAUAAAAGAGUGGCAUACGCUACCAAGUAAGUUAGUA